UAGUGUGAAUCGGAGUGGAGUCGAUUGUUGGGGAGCUUGUUAAUUAGGAAGAAAUGGCAGAAAAGGAUGAUUGGGUGGUGACAAUAGAUCAGGAGGAAACGGCAGAAAAGGAUGACAAUUGGGUGGUAGCAGUAAAGGAUGAAUUGGAGCUAAUGGCACCAUCAGCCACUAUCCGAGCUGCAGAUCUAGAAAAGCGGCACUGGAAGCGAUCCAUAUACAGAGUCCCUGCGUUCGUCAGAAACCUGAACAUGAAAGCCUACGAGCCUCAGUCCGUCUCGUUUGGGCCUUUCCAUCAUGGCAAGGACGAUUUGAUGCCGAUGGAAAAGCACAAGCACCGCGCUCUCCUCCAUUUUCUCAAGAGAUCCAACGUGCUUCUUGAGUCUUAUGUCCGCUCUUUGGCCAAAGUCGCUCAAAUUCUGAAAGACUCGUACGAGUCGCUCUAUCCUUAUUGGGAAAGAGACACCAACAGGUUCUUGCGAUUAAUGAUUCUUGACGGCUGUUUUAUGCUUGAGGUAUUGCGUAACUAUACGCAGACAGUUAAUGAUUAUGCUGACAAUGAUCCAAUCUUUAGUAGUCAUGGGAAGCUCCACAUUGUGCCUUAUAUCAAGCGGGACAUGCUUAUGCUUGAAAAUCAACUACCUAUGCUUGUUCUCACCACGCUUCUUGCUGUUGAAAAUGAGGAAACUAAGAAAGAUGAGGAAUUUGUGAACAAACUCAUUCUGAAGUUUUGCUGCCGCACCCGGUUCCCACUCGACUCCCGCAUGGGCAAAUGCCUGCACUUACUCGACGUGCACAGGAAGAUCAUCCUUUGGGAAGACGAGAUGAAAAGACAUGAUGGCGGAGGCGACAAGGGACAAAAAGACAAAAAGGGAAAAACAGACAGCAAAGCAAGUGCUAGAGGCGUCAAGAUCAUCCGGUCUGCAAUGGAGCUCAACGAAGCCGGAAUUAUUUUCAGGAAAAGCAGAACCCAAAGCCUCAAAGACAUCUCCUUCAUAGGCGGAGAGCUAAGGCUCCCACCCAUCUUGGUGGACGGCACCACCGAGUCUAUGUUACUGAACCUCAUUGCUUUCGAGCGGUUCCAUGUUGGGGUGGAGAACGCGGUCACAUCUUACAUCUUUUUCAUGGACAGCAUCAUUCAUAGUGCCAAGGACGUCAGCCUCCUGCACGACAAAGGCAUCAUCCAGAAUGCCAUCGGUAGUGACAAAGCCGUGGCCGAACUUGGUGCAUAA